CUGCAGCUCUCUUACUCCCCUCCUCUUCCUCCUCCUCCUUCCCCUCCUCCCUCGCUGUCGCCAAGACUCCCCCCCCUUUAUUUUUUCAGGGCUCCCCCAUCUAUAAAAGAAGGUUUUAUUCUUGGGCCUCCCCUGUCUCACGCCAAACGCUGUCAUGCCGUCUAGACAUGUUGCCGUGGGUCUAAGUCCAGCUGUCACCAUGGGGAUGGACUCAGGACCGCUGUGAAUUUUUGGGAAGAGAGAAAGAAAGGAGGAGGGAGAGAGAGAGAGAGAGAAACAGAAGAAGAGGAAGAAGAAGUAGCAGAAGAAGAAGGGUGGGUGGGCUUUUUUUUUUUUUUUGACCCUGAGCAAAAAAGGAACCCGUUGCCCUUUGAGGUCUGGAAAAGGGGGACCACUGCUCCCUCCCCCCCCCCCCCGCAAGGCCAUUGGUUCCUGCCUUGCUGUCCCCACUCUCUCCAGCACACACACCCCUUUAUCUCUGGCACCCCUCGUAUUGUUUUGCUUUUCUGUUUUUUGCUCUUCUCCAUGCCAGGAGGAGCAGGGUAAGAGAGACCUGGCCUCAGCAUCUGUCACCUAACCCCUGGGCGAGCUAUUUAAAGCCAGGGGCCUUGCUGGAUUUUGUCUCAACCUAUUUAUGCAUCGCUUGGACUUGGCAAGGGGGUCUCCGGAAGAAUAACUCUCUCUCCCCCCCCCCCAUCCCUCCAGGCUUGGGAACAAUCGGAAGAGAGAGAGAGAGAGAGAGAGAGAGAGAGAGAGAGAGAAGCUAUUCCGCAGCAGCAGCAGCAGUUGCCCGCCAGCAGCAGCCGUUACCCACCCGCUGCCCUCCUUACUUGCUUGGGCUGGUCUGGGCAAACAGUCUCCAAGUGACCCCCCCACCCACCCGGGUGGGGGACCCGAGAGCAUGAAGGCUCCCCAAGCACUCCUGGUCUGCUCUUCUUUGGCGUUGUUGCUUCAACCGGGCUCUUUCCAGCCCUACCUUCGACUCCGCCCUUCCCCGAGCGACAACCUGCCCAUCAAGGAUAUUAUCGAGCAUCCCGAUCCCGAAUAUGACCCUAAGGAGCAAGAUUUGGACGACCGGACUUUACGUAAGAAACUGGGGAGCCAUUUCGACCCCAACUUCAUGUCGGUGGCAGCGCCAGCUCAAGGGAAUCUCUCCAGCUUGGAGCCUUUGCACAAGUUCAAAGGUCAGGGCGCUUUGCCCGGCGAGCUGAAAAAGCUGGACCUUGCCGAGACGCCUUACAGGACCAAGGUCAAGAUAGGUAAAAAAGCCCGACGGAAAUUUCUCCAGUGGCUUUGGGCUUACACCUACUGUCCGGUGAUGUACACCUGGAAGGACCUGGGCAGCCGGUUUUGGCCCCGGUACAUCAAGGAAGGGAACUGCAUGGCUGAGCGGUCUUGUUCCUUCCCGGAGGGCAUGUCCUGCAAACCGAUCAAAUCGGUCACCAAGACCUUCUUGAGAUGGUACUGCCAAGGAUGGUCCAAGCAAAAAUAUUGCACGUGGAUCCCCGUUCAGUAUCCCGUGAUUUCAGAGUGCAAGUGCUCCUGUUAAUUAUGGGAGGUGUGAGAGGGGAGGGAAAAGGUGGAGGACUUAUGGAGGUGGGGAACGUGCCCUCCCCCCCUCGCCCGCCUGCCCCCCUCGCUCCUGGAUAGAUGCAGCAUGCGUGAUGGAUGGAGAUAUGGGGCUUUAGGUCCGAAGAGCCUUAGCUGAAAGCCAGGCUAAUGGCUUUGAGAUGUGGAGAAAGGAGGCGAGGGGGACCUGGGAUCCAUCCGGAAGGCUGAAACAUCGGGAGGAGGUGGCUAGGAACUCAAGCCACCUGGGUGAAUGGACUUGACAGGUGCCAAUCAUCCUCCAAACCCCCAAGUGAAGCUUGGAGGGUUGAAAUGAAAAAAAAACAACACAAACGUUGAGAGAGUCUUGCGUUGACAAAGAGACCUGCAGACGCCAUCGGGUGUUUGCAAGACACUUUGCUCCAUCGUUUCUCUGUCCUCUUCUUCCCCCUCCCCACCCCAUGUACCGCUUGCACUGUUGUUGUUUUUCCCCCCUGCUUCCUUCCUUCCCUCCCUCCCACUUCUCUCUCUUUUUUUAAUUAUUUUUAUUUUAUUGGAAAAUGGGAAAAGAAACCCCAGAGGAACUGCAGUGCAGGCCACGAGUAAAAAAAAGAGAGAGAGAGAGAAAGAGAGAGAGUAAGCUUAAGCACUACACGGAGAUGUCUAUUUUUAUACGUAUAUAAGGUUCUAACAAAAUUUAGAAUGGCCACCCACUGUAAAUACAGAGAGUUUUAAAGGAGGAGGGAAUCCUGUUGUGGUUUUUUGUUGUUGCUGUUGUGCGUGGGUUUUUUGUUUUUUUUAAAAUUCUUGUUAUUAAUAAUAAGAAAAUAACAAUGCAAGGACCACAUAUUGAAGCUCCAACCAUUUUGAAACUGCAGUUUCCUUUGUCAUAUAAGAGAGGAUAUUUUCCUAUAAGGCUGGUGUCAGCUUUGUCUGACUGCUGGUUUAUAAUGCCCGAUCCUUUAUAAUGCCUUUAAAACGCCCUAGUUUCUGAUCCCUGAACUCCUGAUCGUUUGUUUUGCCUCUUCCAAAUUUGUUACCGAUCUUCAGACAAAUUUUCAGAGUUGUCUAAGGUUCUGGUGGGUUUUGUUUUGUUUUUAAUGUGUAUUGAAUAAGGAUAUUUUGUUUUGUUUUUAAGUAUAUGUUGUUAUGAAAGAGUGA